AUGGCCAGGCCUAUGGCUGUUGGUCUGGCCCUCCUGCCAGUUCCGGGGAGGCCCCGAGCUUACAAAUACCAUCUCUAAGACCGCGGUCCGCGUCUGCGCCUCUGGGUCCUCCUCAUCCGGCGGAGCCUUCGCUCCCGUGCAGGAGUUUCUUUCUCCAGAGCCGAGUCUGCCUGUGAAGCGAAGAUAGCUGUCCCCCUGCCUCGGUGAAGACUCCGAAGUCAUGUCUACCGGACCCUUUCCAUCUUCGAGAAGAGAGGAGAGUUCUGUUUCAGCACCCAGUUUUAGGUUCAGUCAGAGGAAGAUGUUAAACCUACUUUUGGAAAGAAACACUUCUUUUACCCAAGAUUUCCCCAGAUCUCCAGGAGACAAGCUUCUCGACUCGACAAACCUAAGCAUUUUAUCUGGAGGGACCCCAAAACGUUGCCUUGAUCUUUCAAAUCUUAGCAAUGGAGAGAUGUCUGCUUCUCCGCUUAUCACUUCGGCUGACUUCGAUGACACCGGUUCCUUGGAUUCCUCAGGACCCCAGGAUGUGCAGUUAACUGAGAAGAACCAUCACCAGGACCCUAUGAAAGGCAUCCCAGUUCAGCUUCUCUGUAGUACUCCAAACGCUUUGGACCAUAGCCACAGAAAGAAAGAUGCAGUGCGUGGCUUAUCUGCAAAUAAAGAAAACAUAAACACCAAUCUAAAGACAUUGCAGUGGGAGUCACCUAGGAUCCCAAGGUUUCAAAACACGCCUGGAGAUCCUCUGGCUUCUCCCCUUCCUUUGCUGGGAAAUGGAGUCUCGAUGGACACUGAAGUGAGGUCUCUGGGGAGUCCCAUCACUGCAGUUCCCAAGCUGAGUAAAAAUCUAAAUCUAGAAGACCAAGAAGAGAUUUCAGAGGAGCCAAUGGAGUUUUCCCUGGAAGACCACGAUACCAAGGAGUGUGUGCUUCCAACGGUGUCAGGGAAACACCAAGAUCUGAAGUACAUCACCCCAGACACGGUGGCUGCUUUACUGUCUGGAAAGUUCCAGGGUCUGAUCGAGAAGUUUUACAUCAUCGAUUGCCGCUACCCGUAUGAGUACCUUGGAGGACACAUCCUGGGAGCCAUAAACCUGUGCAGCCAGAAGGAACUGCACGAGUUCUUUCUGAAGAAGCCUAUUGUCCCUCUGGACAUCCAGAAAAGAGUCAUCAUUGUGUUCCUCUGUGAAUUCUCCUCAGAGAGAGGCCCCCGAAUGUGCCGUUCUCUGAGAGAAAAAGACAGAGCUCUGAACCAGUAUCCAGCAUUGUACUACCCAGAGCUGUAUAUCCUCAAAGGGGGCUACAGAGACUUCUUUCCAGAAUAUACGGAGCUGUGCGAACCCCAGGGCUACUGUCCUAUGCACCACCAGGACCACCAGGCUGAGCUGCUGAUGUGGCGAAACCAGAGCAAAGCCCAGGAAGGGGAGCGGCAGCUUUCGGAGCAGAUUGCCCUCCUGAUGAAGAAGGGUGUGAGCCUCCCAUAGUGGGUGGUGGUGGCGCACACCUUUAACCCCAGCACCCGGGAGGCAGAGGUAGGAGGAUCUCUGCGUUUGAAAUCAGCCUGGUCUACACAGCAAGUUCCAGGACAGCCAGAGCUACAAGGAAAACAUCUCAGAAAAACAAAAAACAAUUUCUGUCAAGUAUGGAGCAGAUGCCUGUUGCCUGUGUGCUUGAAAGGUGGACCUAGAGGACCUGAAGCUCAGUUCAAGGCCAGCCUCAGCUCCUGGAUUCCCUAGCUCACUAAAUGGAAACAAAACCGAAAGGCAUAGUAACCAUUGCUCUGGAACCAAGGGAAAGUUUCUAUUGUAUUCUUGAACUGGUGUUGGUGGUAAAUGUUUGUAUUCCUAAGAGGUCAUGGCAGGAAGAUGAUGAGUUAAAGAACAAGAUAAAGUCUGUGGUGAAGUUU